UACCCGGUUAGACCCUCCGCGUUCUAGUUUCAGAAAAUUCAACAAUUAGGCGUGAACGGUCAACCCGCACGAAACCCGGAUAUAUAUAUAUAUAUAUAUACACACAUAAUUACAUCACCUUUUUGAAAUAUCUGUCAUUCUCUCCGUUUCUCUCUCUAAAACAAUAAAAUUCAGAAAUUUUGAUCAACGAAAAUUGUACGAAUUUGUUGAUCGAUCAAUUGGCACAAAGGGAAAAAGAUAAAGUAACAACUUGAGGGAUAUCAAGGUAUUCGUAUAAUCAUGUCGAUGUCUGAUUCGGAUACCUCGUCUCAGGGCAGCGAGUAUAAGAACUUCCGCCAAAUUACCCGUGACAGAUUAUUAAAUGAAAUGCUUCGAUCGACCAAAACAGGGGAUUCAAAAUCAAGUUGGAAGGUACUCAUCAUGGACAAGGUUACUCUUAAAAUAAUCUCUAAUGCAUGCAAGAUGUCAGAUAUAACUGACGAAGGAGUUUCAUUGGUGGAAGACAUAUACAAGCGAAGGCAGCCACUACCAACCAUGGAUGCUGUAUACUUCAUCCAGCCAACUAAAGAGAAUGUUGUCAUGUUCCUUUCUGAUAUGUCUGGAAAAUCGCCAUUGUACAGAAAGUAUGCCAAGGCAUUUGUCUUCUUCAGUUCACCUGUUACCCGAGAAUUGGUUAAUCACAUAAAGAGAGACAGAGGUGUUAUGUCUCGCACUGGUGCUUUAAGAGAGAUGAACUUGGAGUAUUUUCCCAUAGAUAGCCAGGGUUUUAUAACUGAUAAUGAGAAAGCUCUUGAGGAACUCUUUGGGGAGGAAGAAAGUUCUCGUAAAGGCGAUGCAUGUUUGAAUUCGAUGGCCAUCCGCAUAGCUACAGUCUUUGCAUCAUUGCGGGAGUUUCCUUUAGUGCGCUACCGUGCGGCCAAAUCCCUUGAUCCUAACACAAUGACGACAUUUCGUGAUCUAAUUCCUACAAAACUUGCUGCUGGUGUUUGGAAUUGUCUCAUGAAAUACAAAAACCUCCCAAACUUCCCUCAGUCAGAGACAUGCGAGUUGCUCAUCCUGGAUAGAUCGAUAGACCAGAUUGCUCCAAUCAUACAUGAAUGGACAUAUGAUGCCAUGUGCCAUGAUUUACUUAAUAUGGAAGGAAAUAAGUAUGUGCAUGAGGUUUCAAACAGAACAGGUGGUCUUCCUGAGAAGAAAGACGUCCUUUUGGAGGAUCAUGACCCAAUCUGGCUAGAGCUUCGCCAUUCACAUAUAGCUGACGCUAGUGAACGCUUGCAUGAGAAGAUGACUAACUUCGUAUCAAAAAAUAAAGCUGCACAAAUCCACAGUUCAAGAGAUGCUGGUGAUUUGUCUACUCGGGACUUGCAAAAGAUGGUUCAAGCUUUGCCUCAAUAUAGUGAACAAAUUGAAAAACUCUCGCUUCAUGUUGACAUUGCUGGAAAAGUUAACAAAAUUAUCCGUGAAAUGGGGCUUAAAGAACUCGGACAAAUAGAGCAGGACCUUGUUUUUGGAGAUGCAGGAACCAAAGAUCUUAUCAAUUUUCUGAGAACGAAAGAGGAUGUAACACGGGAACAUAAAUUACGGCUAUUGAUGAUCUACGCAGCUGUUUAUCCUGAGAAGUUUGAAGAUGGAAAAAUUGCAAAACUCAUGGAGUUGGCAAGAUUAUCAGAAGAGGAUACAAAUGCUGUGUAUAAUAUGAGAUUGCUGGAGGCAUCAUCCGAGACCAAAAAAAGCUCAAUUAUACCAUUUUCUCUUAAAUUUGACGUUCACAAGAAGAAGCAAGCUGCUAGAAAAGACCGCCCUGGUGAAGAAGUGGCUUGGCAACUGUCUCGCUUUUACCCUGUUAUAGAGGAACUCAUUGAAAAACUUAGUAAAGCAGAACUAUCAAAGGAUGACUACCCAUGUAUGAAUGACCCUAGUCCAACUUUCCAUGCAACAUCUCAGUCAGCAUCGUUGAGGACGGGUCAAAUUCCAGCUCCUCAUUCAAUGAGAUCAAGGCGGACAGCAACAUGGGCCCGUCCUCGAAACUCUGAUGAUGGGUAUUCCAGUGAUUCAAUUUUGAGGCACGCGUCUAGUGAUUUCAAGCAGAUGGGUCAACGUAUUUUUGUAUUCAUUGUUGGUGGGGCAACACGAUCUGAGUUGCGGGUUUGUCAUAAGUUAACAACAAAGUUGAAGCGGGAAGUUAUCUUAGGCUCAUCCAGUCUUGAUGAUCCUCCAAGAUUUAUUACGAAAAUGAAGCUGUUGACUGCAAAUGAACUCUCGUUGGACGAUCUUCAGAUUUAGAUAUCUAUGAGUGGUGAAGCUGCACAUUCAAAUUUUCUCGGGCCCGUUUUCCAUCUGUAAAUCAUAUAUCCAUGAACACUUCAAUAUCUUAGCUUCUUGGAUUUCACUUUUCCUUUCUUUUUUUAUUUAUUUAUUAUUCAUUGUGACAUUGUUUUCUACUUGCCUGGACAACUGGUUGAUGGCUGUGUUGUAAUUGAUUUGUCGAGGUUCUAGCCAUCCGGGGCAUGUAUAAAUGUAUUAGUUGUCACUCGGAAUUUUGUUGAUUGUAAAAUCCAAGAGUUCAGAUACCUGUUCAAUGGUCUAUAUUUUAUUGCUUACAAUUCUCUUUCAA